AAUGACAGAAACUUCAUUUUUGGGUGAACUAACCCUUUAAAUUGUUUCUUGCCAUAACACACAAGUCAACUACACGCGCAAUUAAGCAUUUCAUCUGAAUUGAGUGUUGUAAUCCACAUGGUUUAUUUCUACUGCUCAUAAACCUUUUUUGAGAAUAUUUGGUGAGAUUUGCAUUUGAGAUUGUAUGUGUGUUAAAUUACAGACUGAGCUCAUUACACUCUCAUCUCAGCACUUUUAUGAUUAUGUUUGAAGAGUGGCUUCAGUGCCAUGCCUCAAUGAUGACCACAGAAGCAUAUCAGAUAAAAAGAGUAGCGAAGAUUUUUGCUGAGACAUCACAUGUGCAUGCUUGUGUACAUGAUGUGAAUACUCUCCACCUCCUACUGUAUAUAAAUCACUGGUCUCAGAAGGGUUUUUUUUUUGUUCGUACAGCUUCCAAGGCUCAACUUAGCUCUCACUAAAAGGAAAAAUGGCUCUUCAGGAUGUUUGUGAUUUCCUGCAGACCCUUGAUGACAGCAGCCCGUGCACUUCUCUACCGAAUGAGAUGGGAUGCAUGUGGAGGACACCGCUUGAGUUUGACAGAGAUAGUCCUUUUCAUUUUCUUUUCCCCCCUCAGCAGAACAGCAGAAAACACAAGACACCAACUGUUCUCUCUUCAACUUUAUCCUGUCUGUCACCUCACCAGCAACCCUUCCAGCUGUCACACGGCACCACCACUUUGGGGUUUAUAUUUCAGGAUGGCGUGAUAGCCGCUGCGGACACUCGCGCCAGCUGUAAGGGUCUGAUUUGCUGCCCGAUAAGUCAGAAGAUUAUGCCCAUCCACUCUCACCUGGUGGUCAACACCUCGGGAAGCGGUGCCGAUUGUAUGCUAUGGGAACGGAUCCUCACCCGAGAGAUGAGGCUUUACCAGCUUCGCCAUCGCAGGAGACUAAGCGUCAAUGGAGCUGCAAAGCUGCUCUCCAUGAUGCUUCAUCCAUUCAAAGGCACUAAUGUGUGUGUGGCGGCUACUCUAUGUGGAUGGGACGGAGAAGAAACUCAGGAAACCCUACGGUCUACAGAUGUUACCACUGUAUCUGCAAUUUCAGAUGAAUCUGCUUUAGGUAGUGAGAAAGCGGCCUCAGUAAAUGAGAUCUUGAAGGACGCUCAUGCACUAUCUUUGUCAGAUCAAAAUACAAAAAAUGUCCUCUCUACUUCUGGAGGACGGUCUGGUCCCAGGGUGUGCUAUGUUUGCAGUGAUGGCCUGCAACUGAAAGGAGAGAUAAUAUCAGUGGGCUCAGGGUCACCCUAUGCAUAUGCUGUGCUUGAUGAUGGUUGGAGAUGGGGAAUGACUGUGGAUGAGGCGGUGGGACUGGCCCGGGAGGCUGUUUUCAGAGCCACUCACUGGGAUGCCUACUCUGGGAAUAAUGUAGACCUUUUCCACAUCACUGCCCAUGGCUGCAGACGCAGAGACAGGGAAGAUCUGAAGGAGGAGUACUACAGAGAGAGGGAGAGAGAGAAGGAGAAGAUCAAGGAGAGGGAGAAAGAGAGACAGAAGAGAGAGGGGGAUGAGCUGGUUGGAGGGGAAGGUGAUAUAUAUUCAGGACACUGUGGAUAGGGACACAGAAGAUGGAAAAACAAAAAGACACAGAGGGAAUGUGAAUGCGAUGGACAGAAAUAGUGAGUAGUCAGGAGGUUCACUUGACAGCACAGAUAAUAAAGAAUGCAAAAUGCACAGGGAAAGCAAGUACGUUCUCAUAAACUAUUUUUAUUUAAACCUAAUUAAUAAAAUAGUUGCAAAUACACUGCAUCUUGUUUCAGAUUAAAAAUUGUAAUCAUAAAAUCUGUGGGUUUUCCUUGAUAUUGUAGCAACGGACCAAGAGGGAUUGAUAUUUAUUUAUUUAUUCUUUAAAACAUGCAUUUUUUAAAUUAA